GCUUUCGGCCACUCUAUAUUCGAAGCCAAAAGCACGAAGAACGCACAAAAAACACAACGGGGGAAAAAAAAGUCUCAGCCGCUACGCUUCCGACCCUCCGCCGCCUCCUCCGCCUCCUCCGCCGUCAUCUCGACCCCUCCACUUCACCGGUUCAAGGAGUUUUGUGAAGGUUUAAGUGGACAGAAUGCAGGCUGCGAGUGGUGCUUCUAUGAUGGGUUCUCUGCAAGUUGUUGUUUGUGCGAAGGGAUCGGCUUUUCCUUCGAAAGGGCCUAGCAUCUGUGUGUUUCCACAACCGAAGAAACUGAAUAUCUUGAAACCUUGUAAAUCCUCGAAUGUUGAAGCAAGCGCAGUUGCAGGAAGGUCAUCUGUCUCUGUCACUGUUCCUGAAAUUGGAGGUGGAAGCCACUUGGUAGACCAUGAAUUGAGUGAAACUGAUCCCGAAGUUCGAUCUAUUAUUAACAAAGAAAAGCAGCGACAAUUUAAAAGCCUUGAACUUAUUGCCUCAGAAAACUUUACAUCUCGGGCAGUUAUGGAGGCAGUAGGGUCAUGUCUCACGAACAAGUAUUCAGAAGGAUUACCUGGCAAAAGGUAUUAUGGUGGCAAUGAGCAUAUUGAUGAGCUUGAAACACUCUGCCAACAAAGGGCUCUAGCAGCCUUUCAUUUGGAUGAGAACAAGUGGGGUGUAAAUGUUCAACCAUUAUCUGGAUCACCUGCUAACUUUGAGGUUUAUACUGCAGUUCUUAGUCCACACGAUCGGAUCAUGGGUUUAGACUUACCUCAUGGAGGACAUUUGUCUCACGGGUUUAUGACACCAAAAAGGCGGGUAUCAGGCACAUCAAUUUAUUUCGAAUCUAUGCCUUAUCGACUUGAUGAGACUACAGGUAUCGUAGAUUAUGACAUGCUUGAAAAAACUGCUAACUUGUUUCGACCAAAGUUAAUUAUUGCUGGUGCAAGUGCUUAUCCACGAGAUUUUGACUAUCCUCGCAUGAGAAAAAUUGCGGAUGCUGUUGGUGCUUUUCUCAUGAUGGAUAUGGCUCACAUAAGUGGGCUUGUUGCUGCUUCGGUAGUUGCUGAUCCUUUUGAAUACUGUGAUAUUGUGACAACGACAACACAUAAGUCUCUGAGAGGUCCAAGAGGUGGCAUGAUAUUUUUCAGGAAGGAUCCAAUUCUCGGAGUUGACUUAGAAUCUGCAAUUAAUAAUGCCGUGUUCCCAGGAUUACAGGGUGGUCCUCAUAAUCAUACAAUUGGGGGACUUGCUGUCUGCUUGAAGCAUGCACAAUCCCCAGAAUUUAGGGUCUAUCAGAAUAAGGUCGUCUCCAACUGUAGAGCUCUUGCGAGUCGACUUGUCGAGUUAGGUUAUAAGCUAGUUUCUGGUGGAAGUGACAAUCACCUGGUUCUUGUGGAUCUCAGGCCAUUGGGUAUCGAUGGGGCGCGGGUGGAGAAAAUUCUCGACAUGGCCUCGAUCACUCUCAACAAGAACUCUGUACCCGGUGACAAGAGUGCUCUAGUUCCUGGAGGCAUUCGUAUCGGAUCGCCUGCCAUGACCACCCGAGGAUUCACCGAGAAAGAAUUCAUAGCAGUUGCAGACUUCAUCCAUGAGGGUGUUCAAAUAACUCUUAAUGCCAAACAACUUGCCCCAGGAUCAAAGCUCCAAGAGUUCCUCAAGUUUGUGAAAACCACUGAUUUCCCUCUCGUGGAUCGAGUUUCAGAGCUUCGCUCAAGAGUUGAAGCACUCACAACUCAAUUUCCAAUACCAGGUCUGUAAGUCUGAGUUUCACUCCAUAUAGGGAAAUGGGUAUAAGCUUACAAUAAAAAUUCUGACAAAAAAAGGGGACCUUUUGUUGAUUGUAGUAAUAAAAACCACAUAGUUUGUAACUUUUUAUUUAUAAGCUGUUGCUGCAGCAAUGAGGCUUUUGCUUA